AUGGAGUUGGGAAAGGACAAAUCCCGUCUGACGUUCUCUCAGACAUCUGAUCCUCAUCAAGAAAAGAACAACGUUCCAGAAUUCAUUGGACGUUGGAGUUUGCGAAACAGAGAGCAACUCAGAAAAAGAAAAGCCGAAGCUCAAGAAAAGCAAACAUCGCAAUGGCAAUUUGGAGAACAGAAAAAAAGCAAGAGACAGAGAACAGGAAAUGAAAGAGGCCGAAAGAGACAACAAAAUACAGAACCAAAGGUGGAGUCUCAGUUACAAAUAGAAAAGGAAAUGACUGAGAAAGUACUGGCACCUACAGUAGAGAAAGAAACUGAGCCACCUAGGGGUGCCCCCAAAACCCUGCCUCCAGGAGCCUCCCUUGAAAAUGGUGUACCAGGGAAACAUUUUUCUGAAAUAGAUCAAGAGAGCAUUAUGCAGCAGGAAAAUGCUCCUGAGUACCAAACACCAGUGGAGCAGAGCCAUCCUUCUGAAAUACGCCAAGAUAGGACUGAGCCUGAAGUUCUGUCUCCUAAAAUGUGUCAAGAAAUAGCCAUACUUGAAGACCAUCCUUCCAAAAUGAACCAAGACAUGGCUACCCGUGAAGACCUCUCUCCUACAAGGUGCCAAGAGAUAGCCAUAUUUCAAGACCAUCCUUCCAAAAUGAGCCACAAUGUGGCUACCCCUGAAGACCUCUCUCCUAAAAGGUACCAAGAAACAGCUGUGCCUGAAGCCCUCCCUCCUAAAACAUCUGAAGACACAACUGACCUGGAAGGAUAUUCUCUUGAAGCAUGUCCCAAAACAGAGGUGCCUGAAGGCUAUAGUCCUGAAACACACCGAAAAGGAGUUGAACUUGAGGAAUAUAAUUCUCAACCAAGUCAAGGAGCAGCUGAGACUGAAAGCUUCUUCCCUAACACACAACAAGAAAUAGCUGAGCCCAAAGACCUUUCAACAAAAACAUCCCAAGAAACAGUUGAACCUGAAUACUUUUCUCAUAAAACAUAUAAAUCCCCUUCUCAUAAAACAAUACAGGAAACAUCUGCCCCUGAAGAAUAUCUACCUGAAAUAUACCAAGAAACACAUGGGCCUGAAGACCUCUCUACUAAAACAUAUAAAAACAACAACCUGCCUGAAGAAUGCUUUCCAGAACCACACCAAGAAACAAGAGGGUCCCAGGGUCAGGACCCUAAGGCAGACCACGAAGAUGUUAAGGAUGUUUAUGCUUUUCCUCGUGAAAUAAAAGAAAAAUCCAAAGCAGAAGAACCAAACAUACCAGCAAUUCCAAAUGUUCCUGAAGAACUUCAUCCAGAAAAUGAUGUCUUUAGUUAUGUUUUGUUUUAA